AUGACAGAUUUUGAACCUGGUCUUAUAAGUGUAAUUGCAGCUGAAUUUUCUGGAGCAACACAUUCAUCCUGUUACUUUCACUUUACUCAAGCUGUCUAUCGAGCUGCACAACGUGUUGGAUUAUCUACAAGUUAUAAUAACGACGAUGAUGUUAAACAUUUUUGUCGAAAAUUAAUGGCUCUACCUUUACU